AUGAAUUCAAAGAACAUUGAUCAUCAGUUCAUUGAACAAUUUCUCUCUGAUAUCAAUUGUUCACAAUAUACAUCGAAUUUCAUUCAAUUUAGAAUAUUUGAUAAAGAAGAUCUGUAUCACAUAGAUAAAGAGAUUCUAUUUGAAAUUGGUAUUAGAAAUCUGGGUGAUAGAUUACGUAUCUUACGCAAAAUUAAACUAUUAAAUGAUGAGAAUGACAAUAAAAUUCUAAAUAUAAAUGAACUGUCUAAUAUAAUUAAUAAGUUUCGCCAAUUAGGUUCUUUGAAUCAACAUUCUAGUAACUCUAGUUAUAAUCACAAAUACCUUUCUGAUUUUAAUUAUAACAAUCCUGAAAAUUUGGAUGAUAUCUUACCUUGUGAUGAAGAAUAUUUCACUGAAAAACAUCAUAUCAUUUUUAUACUUAACGAUGGUACAGCAAAAAAAGUCGAUGUCAAUGGCUGUUUUAAUGCUAAUUCAAUCAAGAAAAGGUUAAUUAAAACAUUGCCUAAACAGUUCCAAAUCUUAGACAAAAACAAAAAUAACUUAAAUAUCGAAUCAAAUUAUGAUGUCUUUAUUGUUGACUACAAAAAGAACGUUUUACAUCUUUUAUAUGAUGUUGAGUUGAUUACAAUAUGUCACUCCCUUGAUAGAUGGGAAAGAAAUAGAUUAAUCUUUGUUUCAAAGGACCAAACUCCAAGUGAUUUGGCUAUAUUAACAUCAAAAAAAAUUUACUUAAAAACUUUAUCAUUAACUAACAAUAAUCAACUUAGAGGUUCAAAGAAAGAAAAGAUUUAUAAUGGACAUCUAAAAAUGGAUAACUCUAAAGAUAAUAUUAGAAAAGUUUUUAAUCAAAGGCCUUCAAGUGAAUAUAUCACGACUAACUUAAGUGGGUAUUUUCCCAAUACCAAUAUUGAAAAACUACAAAAAACUUUACGUAACUCAUAUAGACAAUCAAUUAGAAUGAGUCAUUUGCACCCAAUGAAUUAUAAACCAUCUAUCAUUAGUUCUGAAUCUAAUAAUGUUGGCAAUAUCCUUUUAAAACAUACCACUGAUGUUGAUAAGGCUUUAUUACAAAAUUUAAAUAAUAGUACUACUAAUAUUCGUAAUAGAAAUCCUAAUACUAGAUCAAAUAUUUUAUUCCGUAAUCAUGCUACUUCUAGCGAUGCAAAAGAGCUUCAUUUAAAAAAUAAAUAUAAAGAGAGCAAUAUGAAUUCAGAAGCAUUUAAUGAUAGAGAAUAUAAUGAUGAUGAUAAAGUGGAAGAGGAGGACAACAAAGAAGGGGGAUAUGACACUGAUGUUGUAUCAUUACCAACAAAGAUGGUUACGCCUAAAUCUUGGCUAAAAGGCGCUAGAAUUGGAUCUGGUAGUUUUGGAAGUGUUUAUCUUGGAAUGAAUGCACAAACUGGUGAAAUAAUGGCAGUUAAACAAGUGGCUAUUCAACCACCACCAUCGACUCUAUCAACACCUCCAGGCAUAAAUAAUUCAAAUAAAAUGGAUCCAUCAUUAAUUAAAAGAAGGAAUGAAUCAAAUAUUUUCAAAAAAAUGGUGGAAUCAUUACAACAUGAAAUGAAUCUAUUAAAAGAACUACAUCAUGAGAAUAUUGUCACUUAUUAUGGAUCUUCUCAGGAAAAUGGAAACUUAAACAUUUUCUUAGAAUACGUUCCAGGUGGUUCCGUUUCAUCGAUGUUGAACAGUUAUGGACCCUUUGAAGAAUCCUUAAUUACUAAUUUUACAAGACAAAUUCUUAUUGGUCUGACGUAUUUACAUAACAAAAACAUUAUCCAUCGUGAUAUCAAAGGUGCCAAUAUAUUGAUCGAUAUCAGAGGUUGUGUAAAGAUCACAGAUUUUGGUAUCUCUAAAAAGCUUUCUCCUUUAAAUAAUAGCGAUAAUGAUGCUGAAGAUUCAAUGAAUAAGAAACAAAAUAAAAGAGCAUCACUACAAGGUUCUGUGUAUUGGAUGGCACCAGAAGUAGUAAAACAAACUACUACUACAGAAAAGGCUGAUAUAUGGUCUACAGGUUGUGUUGUGAUUGAAAUGUUUACAGGAAGACACCCAUAUCCAGAUUUUUCUCAAAUGCAAGCAUUAUUUAAGAUUGGAACCAAUAUGUGUCCGGAAAUCCCAUCCUGGGCUACGUCAGAAGCACAGAAUUUCUUAAAACAGACUUUUAAACUUGAUUAUCAAAAGAGACCUAGCGCAAUUGAAUUACUGCAACAUACAUGGUUGGACACUCAUUUGCUUUCCUAA